AUGUUCAGUUUUGUGAUCAUGUGCACAAUCUUGACCAACUGCACCUUCAUGACCCUCAGCAAUCCCCCGGACUGGGCCAAGAAUGUGGAGUACACGUUCACAGGGAUCUACACCUUUGAGUCCCUGAUAAAGAUCCUGGCACGGGGCUUCUGCGUGGGGAAGUUCACUUUCCUGCGAGACCCCUGGAACUGGCUAGAUUUCAGUGUCAUUCUGAUGGCAUAUGUAACAGAAUUUGUGGAUCUGGGCAAUGUCUCAGCACUGAGAACCUUCAGGGUUUUACGAGCACUCAAAACUAUAUCAGUGAUUCCAGGGCUGAAGACUAUCGUUGGCGCUCUGAUCCAGUCCGUGAAGAAGCUGUCAGACGUGAUGAUCCUGACUGUGUUCUGUCUGAGUGUGUUUGCUCUGAUCGGACUGCAGCUCUUCAUGGGAAUCCUGCGGCAGAAGUGUGUGAAGAUGCCGGAGGUCAAUGUCACUGAAAACCUGACCGCCACGCUGAACUACAGCGCUGGUUUAGAGCUGCGCAACACCUUUAACUGGACAGAAUACAGUAGUGACGAGAGCAAUUAUUAUUUCCUCCCAGGCCGCAGAGAUCCUUUGCUAUGUGGAAAUUCAAGCGAUGCAGGGCAGUGUCCAGAGGGCUUCACGUGUAUAAAAGCAGGUCGUAAUCCUGACUACGGCUACACAAGCUUUGACACAUUCAGCUGGGCCUUCCUCUCACUCUUCCGACUCAUGACACAAGACUUCUGGGAAAACCUCUACCAGCAGACCCUGCGUGCAGCUGGAAAGCCCUAUAUGAUCUUCUUUGUUCUUGUGAUCUUCUUGGGCUCCUUCUAUCUGGUAAAUCUCAUCCUGGCUGUGGUGGCCAUGGCAUAUGACGAGCAGAACCAGGCCACCAUAGAAGAGGCUCAACAGAAAGAGGAAGAGUUUCAAGCCAUGCUAGAACAGCUAAAGAGACAACAGGAAGAGGCACAGGUUGCCGUGGCAGCAGCAACAGAGAGUGGGGAGUACAGCGGGAGGGGGGGCUUGUCAGAGGAAAGCUCCUCCGGAGGGUCCAGACUCAGCUCCAAGAGCGCUAAAGAGCGAAGGAAUAGGAGGAAGAAAAGAAAACAAAGGGAAGAAGAAGAGAAAGCCGAUCAGGAAAAGUUCCAUAAGUCCGCCUCAGAGGACAGCAUCAGACGGCCUGGAUUUCGAUUCUCCAUCGAUGCCAACCGACUCUCGUAUGAGAAGAAAUGUUCCACUCCAAACCAGUCUCUUCUCAGCAUUCGUGGAUCUCUCUUCUCCCCAAGGAGGAACAGUCGCACCAGUCUGUUCAGUUUUCGUGGUAGAGCGCGAGAUUUUGGCUCCGAGAAUGAUUUUGCGGACGAUGAGCACAGCACGUUUGAGGAUAGUGACAGUCGCCGCGGAUCGCUCUUCGUACCUCAUUGUAUUGAGAGACGAAGUUCCACUGUCAGUCACUGCAGCCUUGCUCCCAGAAUUAUGCUCCCAGCCAACGGAAAAAUGCACUGCACAGUCGAUUGCAAUGGAGUGGUCUCCCUGGUGGGCGGGACAUCUGUGCCAACAUCACCAAUCGGACGUUUGUUACCUGAGGGCACAACCACUGAGUCUGAGGCACAUAAAAAACGUUCAGGAUCACACCAGCCGUCUGAUUAUCUGGAUGAGACAGUAGCCAGAAAAAGAGCUCUGAGUGUGGCCAGCAUUCUGACAAAUACUAUGGAAGAACUUGAGGAAUCGCGGCAGAAGUGCCCUCCAUGUUGGUACAAGUUUGCCAACAGCUUCCUGAUCUGGGACUGCUGUCCAGCCUGGCUGAGGGUGAAGGAGAUUGUGAACAUGGUGGUGAUGGAUCCGUUUGUAGACCUGGCCAUAACCAUUUGCAUUGUUCUCAACACCCUCUUCAUGGCUAUGGAACACUACCCUAUGACAGACGGGUUCAACCAUGUGCUGUCAGUUGGGAACCUGGUAUUCACAGGAAUCUUCACAGCAGAGAUGUGUCUAAAGGUAAUUGCUCUAGACCCAUAUUACUACUUCCAAGAAGGCUGGAAUAUCUUUGAUGGCAUCAUCGUGAGCCUGAGUCUUAUGGAACUGGGCCUGGCCAAUGUUGAGGGACUUUCUGUGUUGCGGUCUUUUAGAUUGUUAAGAGUCUUUAAGCUGGCAAAGUCUUGGCCCACGCUGAACAUGCUGAUAAAGAUCAUUGGUAACUCAGUUGGUGCUUUGGGAAAUCUAACCCUCGUCCUGGCCAUCAUUGUCUUCAUCUUCGCUGUGGUGGGAAUGCAGUUGUUUGGAAGGAGCUACCGUGAGUGUGUCUGCAAGAUCUCAGAGGAUUGUGAGUUGCCGCGGUGGCACAUGGACGAUUUCUUCCAUUCCUUCCUGAUUGUGUUCCGGGUGCUUUGUGGCGAAUGGAUCGAAACCAUGUGGGACUGCAUGGAAGUGGCGGGGCAGUCAAUGUGUCUCAUCGUCUUCAUGAUGGUCAUGGUCAUUGGGAAUCUGGUGGUGUUGAACCUGUUCCUGGCCUUGCUGCUGAGCUCUUUCAGUGCCGAUAAUCUGGCCGCCACUGAUGAGGACAGCGAAAUGAACAACCUGCAGAUCGCCGUGGGCAGAAUACAGAAAGGUAUCGCUUUGGUCAAGUCCGCUUUACGCCACUUUCUCCAAAGCCUCUGCCUGGCCGGCUCCAAACCUCGUGCUCUAGAUGAAGAGAAACCCCUUGACGACCUCCACAGUGACGGCAAGGAGAAUUGCUUGUCCAAUCACGUUCCGGUGGCCGUCGACCUCACAAAAGACUAUCUGAAGGAGGGCUGCGUCUCCCCUGGUAAUGGAGUGGAAGGUCACGUAAAGUAUGGAAUUGAGGAAGGCGACUACAUGUCGUUCAUACACAAUCCCAGCCUCACUGUUACAGUACCGAUUGCGGUGGGAGAGUCGGACUUUGAAAAUCUGAACACGGAAGAUUUCAGUAGUGACUCGUCUGACAUCGAGGGCAGUAAAGAGAAGCUGCCUGUUGAUGCGGUUCUCAGUUCUUCAGAAGGGAGCACAGUGGAUAUCCGACCCCCUGGAGAGGGGGUGGAGUCCGUGGAGCUGGAGCCGGAAGAGUCCCUGGACCCAGAGGCCUGCUUCACAGAAGGCUGUGUGAUGAGGUUUCAGUGCUGUCAGGUCGAUGUGGAGACGGGAAGAGGGAAGAGUUGGUGGAUUCUCAGGAAAACCUGCUUCAUUAUUGUUGAGCACAACUGGUUUGAGUCCUUUAUCAUCUUUAUGAUAUUACUCAGCAGUGGAGCACUGGCUUUUGAGGACAUUUACAUCGAGCAACGUAAAACAAUAAAGACAGUGUUGGAAUAUGCAGAUAAAGUCUUCACAUACAUCUUUAUAUUGGAGAUGCUUCUGAAGUGGGUUGCGUAUGGCUUCGUCAAAUACUUCACCAACGCCUGGUGUUGGCUUGACUUCCUGAUUGUUGAUGUGUCAUUGGUGAGUCUGGUAGCAAAUGCUCUUGGUUACUCUGAACUAACUGCCAUUAAGUCCCUGAGAACACUGCGUGCUCUUAGACCUUUGAGAGCAUUGUCACGCUUUGAGGGAAUGAGGGUUGUAGUGAAUGCCCUGCUGGGAGCCAUACCUUCCAUCAUGAAUGUGCUGCUUGUGUGUUUGAUCUUCUGGCUGAUCUUCAGCAUCAUGGGGGUGAACCUUUUCGCAGGGAAAUACUACCAUUGUGUUAAUAUCACCAGCAAUGAGAUGUUUCUCAUCAGUGUGGUCAAUAACAAGUCAGAUUGCUUUGCCCUGAUUGCAAACAAUGACACAGCGCGCUGGAAAAACGUGAAGAUUAAUUUCGAUAAUGUGGGAGCCGGAUACCUGGCGCUACUGCAAGUGGCCACAUUUAAAGGAUGGAUGGACAUCAUGUACGCAGCUGUGGAUUCUCGUGAUUUGGAGCAACAGCCUGACUAUGAAUCAAACCUUUACAUGUACCUGUACUUCGUCAUCUUCAUUAUCUUCGGCUCCUUCUUUACCCUUAACCUCUUCAUUGGUGUCAUCAUUGAUAACUUCAAUCAGCAGAAGAAAAAGCUAGGAGGUCAGGAUAUCUUCAUGACAGAAGAACAGAAGAAAUAUUACAACGCCAUGAAGAAACUGGGAUCUAAGAAGCCUCAGAAGCCAAUUCCCAGGCCUGCGAACAAGUUUCAAGGCCUCAUCUUUGACGUAAUCACCAAACAAGCCUUCGACAUUGUGAUUAUGAUCCUGAUCUGCUUGAACAUGGUGACCAUGAUGGUGGAAACCGACGAUCAGACAAAGGAGAUGGACGAUAUUCUGUACUGGAUAAACCUGGUUUUCAUCAUCCUCUUCACUGGAGAGUGUGUUCUCAAGAUGAUCUCCCUACGACACUACUACUUCACCAUUGGCUGGAAUGUGUUUGACUUCGUAGUGGUGAUUCUGUCAAUUGUUGGCAUGUUCCUCUCUGAGAUGAUCGAGAAAUAUUUUGUAUCGCCAACCUUAUUCCGAGUCAUCCGACUUGCCAGAAUCGGUCGCAUUCUUCGUCUCAUCAAAGGAGCCAAAGGCAUUCGUACACUCCUGUUUGCCUUGAUGAUGUCACUUCCUGCCUUGUUCAAUAUUGGCCUCCUCCUGUUCCUGGUGAUGUUUAUCUAUGCCAUUUUUGCAAUGUCCAACUUUGCCUAUGUGAAGCAUGAGGCGGGGAUUGAUGAUUUGUUUAACUUUGAGACAUUCGGGAACUCGAUGCUUUGCUUGUUCCAGAUUACCACUUCUGCAGGAUGGGAUGGCCUCCUGGCACCCAUCCUGAACAAGCAAGAUCCAGAUUGCGACAGUCAAUUGGAGCACCCGGGCAGCAUGUACCGUGGCGACUGCGGAAACCCCUCGGUCGGCAUCUUCUUCUUCGUGAGCUACAUCAUCAUCUGCUUCCUGAUUGUGGUGAACAUGUACAUCGCUGUGAUCUUGGAGAACUUCAGCGUAGCCACAGAAGAGAGCGCUGAACCGCUGAGCGAGGAUGACUUUGAAAUGUUCUAUGAAGUCUGGGAGCGAUUCGACCCCAACGCCACGCAGUUCGUGGAGUACAACAAGCUUUCUGACUUUGCGGACGCUCUGGAUCCUCCGUUACGCAUCCCCAAGCCAAACAAGAUCCAGCUCAUAGCCAUGGACCUGCCCAUGGUCAGUGGCGACCGCAUCCACUGCCUGGACAUCCUGUUCGCCUUUACCCUGAGGGUACUGGGAGAGGAGGGUGAGAUGGAUGCCCUGAGGGGACAGAUGGAAGAUCGUUUCAUGGCCUCCAAUCCCUCUAAAGUCUCGUACGAGCCCAUCACGACAACCCUCCGCAGGAAACAGGAGGAGAUGUCAUCUGUGAUCAUCCAGAGGGCCUUCCGACGGUACCGUUUAAGGCAAAUGGUAAAGAAGGCCUCUGAAGCCUACCGACAACAGCUACAGGAUGGGGGUGUGCGUAUCCUGGAGAAAGAGGUGCUUGUCAUUGGAAAGUUUCAAGAGAACUCUGCAUCGGACAAAACGGAUAUGACUCCCUCCUCUGCCUCUCCGCCGUCUUAUAACAGCGUGGCCAAGUCAGAGAAAGACAAAUAUGAAAAAGAGAGGAGAGAGAAGGAGGACAAAGCAAAAGAUGCAAGAGACAGAAAAAAAUGAACGAGGGACUGAAACAGAGACUGUUCUUUUCAACUGAGACACUGUUUACAGAGCAGAGCGCGAGCACUGGGGUGCAAUUCACCUCAAGCGGUUUUGGAACUAAUGCCAAACUGAGUGUGUGUGAGGCGGAGUGUGUGUAUGUGCGUGUGUCUAGACUAUUGUGUGCGUGCGCACCGAGCUAGCCUUAGGGUGCAUUUAUGGUGUUGACGGAAAGCGUUGAUUCGAGGACAGUGCCAGUGUCGACACGACAAACACACACACGCUUGUGUAUGACUGUUGAAUCCCUAAGGACGCUGGUGUGAAACAAAAUGGCAAGUAUAGAGUGGUGUGUGAGUUUGUCUUUUAGUUUUGAGUGUUGUUACACAAUCCCGAGGACUGAAAGAAACUGUUAUAGUCAUCAGUAGCUAGUGCUAACACUACCGCUGGUGUCUUUCUUACUGAAUGGCGUAUUAUAUACCUGCACAUUUUUGUUAGCUCAUUUUUUUAAUCAUGUUGAACUUUUCUACUCAUGAGUUUGAUUGUCUGAACUACAUUUAAGGGCACGUCUGUGGAAGGGGCUGGGGAAUGUCGAUCAUAUCCGGUAGUGAAUUAUCUGAACGGGACCUCAUUUACUUUAGUGUUAGCAAAU